AGCCCUGUGUGUCCAUCUUUACGCAUGCGCAAAUACAUGUAUAUGAAUAUAUAUAAGAAAUUAAUGAAAAUCUGAACGUCCGUAUCAACAUUGAUUGCGAUACAUUAAACUUUAAAGUGAGCGAGUUAUAAUAGUUAUCAUUCAAUAAGAAAUUCUGCUGAUGGAAAGAAGAAUCCAUAUUUGUCUAUGUUUUGGAUUGUUAUUAAAGUUUGGAGGCGCAGAUGACAUUUUUCUUCGUAACGCAAAGACAAGACUGGACUUCGUGGAACUUUCCCAGCCUCUCUGGUCAGGAUUGGGAAAGAACUUAGCAUGGUGUAGUUCCCUUUGUGCAGGAGAGCCAAAUUGCGUGUCCUUGCUUUAUGAUAAGACAAAGAAGUAUUGUAAGAUUUUCAAUGUGUUGCACCGAUUGGACGAUUCUACAGACAACUUAGGAUAUUACAUGAUAGAGAGAGCAAGAAAUCGAAGACUACCGGAGUCAUGCGCGGAUCUUGCCAACUGUUCUGGAACAAGUAUUGAUGGAGAAUAUUGGUUAUAUCCGAAAGCGACGAAUGGACAAAGAGUCAAAGUCUAUUGCCAUAACAUGGGAACAAAACCAAAAGAGUACAUCACCUUGAUGUAUAUCAACACUUUUGUUCAACAUGACAGUUCAAACUGGAUAAUACAAUGGGAGCAAUGUCAAAGUAACUACAGGACCCCACUGAAACAGGCCACAUUUAGUAAAAUUGCAAUAAAUAUCCAGGAAAUGACUGUGAUUGGAACAGAUUACACCUUUGCUGUACUUACGGGAGAUUUCGAUCUUCCUUUUGGGACAACGGCGGAUUGCGGUGGAGAAAGCUUUCGUUCAAAUUGUCCGUUCUUUGGCAAUGCCGUCAUCGAUACUCGAGGGACAGGGAUGGUUUUAGAUAAACAUAUUGGAUGGAUUGGUGAUGGAUGGUAUACUGCUGUACGGAAUUUUCAACAAUCUGUGGAUGGAACUGAAAUAUCAUUCCAGUGUGCAGGCUGGUGUGGAACAUGUAAACCUUCAUCUCAAACGAUAAAACUUCUCUUGUCAUCUGAAAUUGUGGCAGAUGUGGAAGCGAAACCAGAAGUCUGCAUCAUAUAAUUAGAAUCAUUGAGGCUGGUAAAGGCGGUCCAGAGGAAAAAAAACCCACAAGUGUAGUAGAGGGAUGUUAUGAGAUGCCAGCGUUGCAGAUGAUAAAUCAAUUUUGCAAUUGGACUUUAUUUUUUUUUUUAAAUCUUGAUGAGGUUUAAAUUAGUGAUUGAUCUCUGUGACAUUUCUGACCAAUAUGAAGUUGAUUUCACCUUACAUUAAUUACUGCUGUUAACGAAAUCAUUUUUCUAGACUGCGAAGUAAUGGAGUAAAACAAUAUGUGAAACGGCAUGCUUUAAACCAACGCUUAUUGUAAUAAUUAGCCGAGUUUGACAUUGUUCGUAAUCAAAUAUACCAAUACUUGAUAGUUUGUUUCACGAAUAUUGUGCAUGCACAUGAGACUCUACAUCAUGCACAUGCAUUUUUAGCUCACCUGAACCGAAGGUUCUCAAGAACCACUAAGCCAGAAAAGCUGUGAUUUACAUGAAAGCUUCCUGACAUAAUGCAGAUUCAAGUUUGCUCAAAUCAUGGGCUCCGGGGGUUGGAUGCCCGGGGCCACAAUAGGGGAUCAAAGUUUUACAUAAAAAUAUAUAGUUAAAAUCUUUUUCUCAAGAACCACUGAGCCAGAAAAGCUGAUUUUUACAUGAAAACUUUCUGAAAUAGUGCAGAUUCAAGUUUGUUCAAAUCAUGGCCCCCCGGGGGUAGGAUGGGGCCACAAGGGGGCAUCAAAGGUUUACAUACAAAUAUAUAGUUAAAAUCUUUUUCUCAAUAACCACUGAGUCAGAAAAGCUGAUAUUUACAAGAAAACUUUCUGACAUAGUGCAGAUUCAAGUUUGUUCAAAUCAUGGCCCCCGGGAGGUAGGAUGGGGCCACAAGUGGGGGGGGGGGGGCAAAGUUUUACAUACAAAUAUAGGAAAAAGCUUUAAAAAUCUUCUUCUCAAGAACCAUUGGGCCAAAGAAGUUGACAUUUACAUGAAAGCUUUCUGACAUAGCGUAGAUUCAAGUUUGCAAAGGGUAGUUUGGGCCAUAAUAGGGACUAAGGUUUUACAUGCAAAUAUAUAUGGAAAAUCUUCAGAUAUGGGCCAAGGUGACUCAGGUGAGCGAUGUGGCCCAUGGGCCUCUUGUUUUGUUGCUGUAUGCAUCGUGAAGGACUUAAAAACGAAGUAAUGAUCUUUUUUCUGUUUAAAUGAUUAUUCAUCAUUUCAAUAAAGAAAUAUGCAU